AUGACUGCUCAGAAACAGACAUUGCCGUUCUUUGCCUCAAUUCUGUCUGUUUUGUCGAUUGUGUUUCACAGCGCCGGUUUUCUGAGAGUAGAAUUGGAGCUGAACGAACAGAAGAAGAGGAUAAACGCUCUUGAAAGCGUCGGGGAAGCCAAGUCAAACUUCAACAUUCUUGACCUCGUAACAAGGAGCAAGGAAAUCACUCCUGGUAAGUUUUUGAAAGAAAAUACUGAGAGUUACAACUUUCCUUUGAGGUCCUUUGAGGCUUUAAUGAUUAAAAACUUAUGGGCGACUUUUAACCACCUGGCCAACGAGCCAAAUUAGAGCUAAAUAGCCACCGAACAGCUAUCUAGAAGUCACCAAUUGAUGCACGUUGUUCGCUGCCGGGAUAAAAGUACUGAACGAACAAACCAAAAUGCAAACAUAUGACUUGAAGAGAGGAUGACGUAUUUUUUUCGAUACGAUUAUGCCCUGACCGUCGAACCACUACAAAUACGUGGACCUCAAACUUGGACUGCAUCCGUUACUUAUUUUUCUCUCUCGUUCUCUUAAAUGCACAUCCUCCUGUAUAUUGUUCUAGUCGCUUCUGACCAUAUUUGAAAACUGUUUAUUUAAGAGAGAUAACCAAAAUGAUCAUUUUUUGAGUAUUUUAAUACCAAAUGAAUUGGCAAAAGCCUGGGAGUCCUGGAAUGUUCAAUCAUGCACUGCGGCAUACUAGAAGUUAAAGCUCUUACCAUUGAGCAAUAGCAGUGCAUAUUGACUGGACGUAAGAAUAAAAUACUUUAGACUGGUCACAGAACUGUAUUUUCCCGUAAGAUCGUCUAGAUGGAGCGCCUUGCAUUACGGCCAUCUUGGAUGAGUGUCAAAUCUACUUAAGGGGCGGGGAACGGUUUGGGAGUAGUAAAUCCCGACGCCCGCCCCCUUAGUACAUAAUAAACCAAGAUAACCUGCCUUACCGGUAAGGCCUAGGGCUAGUGUCGAACUUUUCAUGAGAUGAACCAAACUUGGUGAGUUAACCUCAUAGAAAAUUCGGCGUCUGGCUCAGUUAAGGCCAUGAUACCUGUCUGCUAGAUGGUGAUUUAUCUGGUGUACAGCUUUUUCUAAUGUUUGAACAGUUGGGGCCAGGACUUUCAAGAAACAGGUUCCAGGAUAAGAAAACUCGACGCUAUAAUCGUGAUAGCUCUCAUGGUAUUUAUUUCUCACUCUGUUGUGCCGUGUCACGGAAUAUUUGGUACUCGCAGGGCACUAAUGUAAACACACCUUCUUUUCAAGUAACCAUGCUGGAAUUCGGGCACUAUGCCGGUGCCCGACUAAAGGGUCGAGACCUUGCACACCUAGUGGGCACCUGUGGGUGGGUCCCUGUGUGCACACAGUUUUCGUUCUGGGGCAGCCCACUGCUUUGCUAAGCUCAUUUCUCAAAACUGCUUCUGACUGGGCGAGAUGGAGUAACUACAGCAUGCACACAGUCACAUUUCGGGUAGUCAAGGUGUGAACACAACAACGCUUUUGUACCAAUGACCAGGCACUGGUUCCCGAGCCCCAAGUGUGAAGAGUGUAGCCCAGAAUGAUGGGCAAAACGUUUUAUUGGCCGGCUUAUCGUCAAACUUCGUAAGAAAACCAGGUGUUAUAUCUUGGUUCUAACAGACAAUUAUACUUAAAAAAACAAUAAUUGCUUAGUGUAACGGAAAGGGGAAGUAAUAUGCAGAAAAUUAGGGAAAAAACAUCUAAAUCACUUGCCUUAGAACUAAGAAAUGUUAGAACUAAGAAAUCUUGGUAUUGUUCAGUAAAUUGUUUGGUGCUUGACUUUGUUUUGGUGACCAAAUGUGACAGAUUUGUCUUGCAUUUUUUAGACCUUUAUUCCACUAAGCAACGGACGAAAAGACACAGUGCUGAAAAUAUCAAGAACAAGACGGAGAAGAAAAUUCUUAAAAUUUUGUUGGAGUUGAAACAGCAUCAGUCACUAUCACAAAGUGGCACGUGUCUCCCAUGCCCUCCCGGUCCACCAGGUUCUAGCGGAGAGAAAGAAUCCCGAGGCAAAAGAGGUCAGAAAGGAGAUCAAGGUAUUAUGGGAUUGCCUGGAAAGAGCGGUAAGCAAGGUAUCAUUGGACCAGCAGGUCCGAAGGGAGAUGUUGGUGUCAAGGGACAAAAAGGAGACAUAGGACCUGCAGGCAUGCCGGGAGCUAAUGGAGAACCUGGUGAAUCGAUUUCAGCUCCUUUUGUUGCCGUGUCCCCUAAAACGCUGACAGUUAACGAAGGUGGAUCAGCCUCGUUUCUGUGUUCAGCGAGUGCUAAUCCUAAAGCUGCAAUAAAA